GGGGUCGCUCCGCGCAGACAGCGUGGAGCUGCUGGAGCGAGCCGCUGACGAGAGCAGCAUGGAGGACCCCGCAGCGCCCGGGGCCGGGACCCUGCCUGCUAAUGGCAACGGCAACGGUAAAGGGAAGCAGGCGGCGCCUAAAGGCCGGGAAGCGUUCAGAAGCCAGCGGCGGGAGUCGGAGGGCUCUGUGGACUGCCCCACUCUGGAGUUUGAGUAUGGAGAUGCAGAUGGGCACGCAGCAGAGCUGUCAGAAUUAUAUAGCUACACUGAAAACCUGGAAUUCACCACUAACAGGAGGUGCUUUGAAGAAGAUUUCAAGACUCAAGUGCAGGGCAAGGAGUGGCUGGAGUUGGAGGAAGAUGCCCAGAAGGCCUAUGUGAUGGGACUCCUGGACCGACUGGAGGUGGUCAAUAGGGAGCAGCGACUGAAGGUGGCACGAUCUGUUCUCUACCUGGCCCAAGGCACUUUUGGAGAAUGUGAUUCAGAGGUUGAUGUGCUACACUGGUCCAGAUACAACUGUUUCCUGCUCUAUCAGAUGGGGACCUUCUCGGCCUUCCUGGAGCUACUCCACAUGGAAAUUGACAACAACCAGGCCUGUAGCAGCGCUCUUCGGAAACCAGCCACCUCCAUUGCUGAUAGCACAGAGCUCCGGGUGCUGCUGAGUGUCAUGUACCUAAUGGUGGAAAAUAUUCGCCUGGAGCGAGAGACAGACUCCUACCGGUGGAGAACAGCCCGGGAGACCUUCUGCACUGAACUGAGCUUCUCCAUGCAUAAUGAGGAGCCCUUUGCUCUUCUGCUUUUCUCCAUGGUUACCAAGUUCUGCAGUGGCCUGGCUCCCCACUUCCCCAUAAAGAAGGUCCUGCUUCUGCUCUGGAAGGUAGUCAUGUUUACCCUCGGUGGAUUUGAGCAUCUGCAGGCUCUCAAAAUACAAAAACGGGCAGAAUUGGGUCUGCCUCCUCUGGCUGAGGACAGUAUCCAGGUGGUAAAGAGCAUGCGUGCCGCCUCCCCACCCUCUUACACUCUCGACCUGGGAGAGUCUCAGCUGGCACCACCACCCUCUAAGCUGCGAGGCCGCCGUGGUUCUCGAAGGCAACUCCUCACUAAGCAGGACAGCCUAGACAUCUACAAUGAAAGAGAUCUCUUUAAGACUGAGGAACCAGCUGCAGAGGAAGAAGAGGAAUCUGUUGGUGAUGGAGAACGAACCUUGGAUGGAGAGUUAGACCUACUAGAGCAAGACCCUCUGGUGCCACCUCCACCCUCACAGGCACCCCUUUCUACUGAGCGGGUGGCCUUUCCCAAGGGUCUACCAUGGGCUCCAAAGGUCAGACAAAAGGACAUUGAGCACUUCUUGGAGAUGAGCAGGAACAAGUUCAUUGGAUUCACUCUGGGGCAGGACACAGAUACCUUGGUUGGAUUACCCAGGCCCAUCCACGAGAGUGUGAAGACUCUGAAGCAGCACAAGUAUAUCUCCAUCGCAGACAUCCAGAUCAAGAAUCAGGAGGAGCUGGAGAAGUGCCCCAUGUCUUUGGGGGAAGAGGUGGUACCAGAGACGCCAUGUGAAAUCCUCUACCAGGGCAUGCUGUACAGCCUCCCUCAGUACAUGAUUGCUUUGCUUAAGAUUCUGCUGGCUGCAGCCCCCACCUCCAAGGCCAAGACAGACUCUAUCAAUAUCCUGGCAGAUGUCCUGCCUGAGGAGAUGCCCAUCACUGUUCUCCAGAGCAUGAAGUUGGGCAUCGAUGUGAACAGGCACAAGGAGAUCAUUGUAAAGAGUAUCUCUGCCCUUCUCCUGCUACUCCUUAAACACUUCAGACUGAACCAUAUCUACCAGUUUGAAUAUGUAUCACAACAUUUGGUAUUUGCCAACUGCAUUCCUUUGAUCCUGAAGUUCUUCAAUCAAAAUAUCUUGUCCUACAUCACUGCCAAAAACAGCAUCUCAGUCCUGGAUUACCCUUGCUGUACCAUCCAGGAUUUGCCGGAGCUUACUACAGAGAGUCUGGAAGCUGGAGACAACAACCAGUUCUGCUGGAGGAACCUCUUUUCCUGCAUCAAUCUUCUGAGGCUGCUCAAUAAACUGACCAAAUGGAAGCAUUCCAGAACCAUGAUGCUGGUGGUGUUUAAAUCUGCUCCAAUCUUAAAGAGGGCUCUCAAGGUCAAACAGGCCAUGCUGCAACUUUAUGUUCUGAAGCUGCUAAAAAUACAGACCAAGUACCUGGGGCGCCAGUGGAGGAAAAGCAACAUGAAAACCAUGUCAGCCAUUUACCAGAAAGUACGUCACCGCAUGAAUGAUGACUGGGCUUAUGGGAAUGACAUCGAUGCCAGGCCAUGGGACUUCCAAGCAGAAGAAUGCACCUUAAGGGCCAACAUUGAGGCUUUUAAUAGCCGCCGAUAUGACAGACCCCAGGACUCUGAAUUUUCACCUGUGGAUAACUGCUUGCAGAGUGUGCUGGGGCAAAGAUUGGAUCUGCCUGAGGAUUUCCACUAUUCAUAUGAGCUCUGGCUGGAGAGAGAGGUGUUUUCACAGCCCAUCUGUUGGGAGGAGCUGCUCCAGAAUUACUGACUGAGCUCUUGUCAAAGAGGCAUCCUAUAGACAGGCAUUGGCUCCAAUAUUUGGUGCUCUGCCUACCCUGCCCAUUCAGCCUUUAUUGCCAGCUGUAGGAGAGUUUGUCCAAGGGAGAGCUAGUCCAGGCCAAGUACAUUGAGUGUAGUUGCAGGCCCAUUCUGGGGCCACUGGGCCUGGAGAGAGGGCAAAGCUGGAAUCCUGAGUUGCAAAAAAUUGACCGACUUGCUCUGGAGUCAGGUGGGUGCCCAGCUGGCCUUGGAGUCUGUUAGGUUAGUCUUGGGCAGGCUCUUGUAUGAGACUGUUCCCUGCUUUAGUCUUGCCUAGAACCAAACUAGCCUUUGCUGGCUCCAAGAAGGUGCAGUCAUAAAAUAGGAAGAACAUAUUCUUCUUGCUCACCCUGGAUUCUUCAGACUACAAAGUUUGGCAAAACCAACUUAGAAAUUAAGUCUGUUAUUUUAAAUUUUAAAUUUUGUCGCUCACCUUUUUCUAAACUCAUUUGUUCUAAGAUGAUUGUAGAAUACCUGCACCUUCUUUGUGAAGGAUGUUGAUUUACUAGUACCUAAAUUCUGCAUGUUAUAGAAAGGUAUAUUGUGUAAAGUGUUUUUUCUUUAUUCUCUAAGAGAUCUUAUAUGUUCAAUGUGAAAAUUAUUUCCUUGUGGAGUGCUCUACCACAGACAAUAUGAAGCAGUCGGGCCUCCUCUAAGGAUGUUUUGUGUUUUUCGAAAACUACUUCAGUCUUAAAAUGGCUGAGUACACUGUAGAAAAGUAUCCUUUUCAUCCAAGGAUGAAAUGACAAGUUAACUACAGGAGGUUUUAUUUAUUGGGAUGGCAUGUCCAUUUGCACUCAUGAUUGAUUUAUUUUUUAAUUGAAUGAACAGCAAGAGCAUUUCAGCUUACCAUUUUUCUUCUCUUGUGUUGAUUAAUGAUUUUUUUUUUCCUUUUUACUGCUAGUGGUUACAAAGUGUCUUGUGGAGAUUUAGCAAUACUGUUUCUUCCUAAACGUAUUGCAUAUUACCUGGAAAUAAAAGGAUCGAUAUACCAACCGCUUUAAACCUCCCUUUUACAGUAGAACCGCAUACUUCCCAAUGGAAACAAGGUUUUUAGGAAAGUUUCUGAUUCAAUCAGAGAUCAUUUUAUUUCUCUUCUGUUGCCACAAUUAUGCCAUCUAUAUUUUCAAGUCUUUUUUACUUUACAUGCCUUCCCACCCAACAUAGACUCUACUGAAUCUGUUUUAUCAUGGCACUAGGGCACUUUACUUGUGCCUGGAGGUCUAGUCAAAAUGGCUUAUUUACUCUGGACUUUGUCAACCACAGUCUCAUUUGGAAGUCACAACAGAGUUACUAACGAUAUCCAAAGGAACUAUACCAAAACCCUAGAUAAACCUUGAGUUUUACAUCUUUGUGCUUUUGGGUAGCAGGAUUUAUUUUUAUGUAAAGGUCAUGAAGAAUUUUUUAAAAUAUGCACAUGAAUGCUUUGUGCAAAAAAUAUGCUAAGCUUUAACAUUUCAUACUUUUUUAUGAAUCUUCUCUGAAGGAAGAUUAAUUCUCAGUGCAGAGAAAAAAACUGAGGCUCCAAGGAUAAGCGAUAAGAGUUUCAAAUCACUUUUUUUUUUCUUGCUGGCUUAUUGGGACUAGCAUUCAGGUAUUAACAGCCAGUUCCAUGUGUUAGAGUAACCAGUUUGAAUCUCCCCAUCUGAGAACACGUGUGUGGUUAGGCAUAAAUACAGAUUUACCAACCUCUAGUGGUGAUUGCUGUUACUACAAAAGAACAUUGAAUGAUAGAGGAUUUUUAUUUGUGAAUAUUUCAGUGAAGUUUGUGUUGAUUAUUGUUUAUCUACUGAAGCACUUUAAUAAAAAGAAAUUGAACUGGA